AUGGCUACUAUCACAAUUUUGAUUCGGCAUUCCGGAAAAUGGAGCGAAGAGAAUUGCUAUGUAGAAUAUAGCAUUGACGGGAUAGUGUUGAAGGAAUAUGCUUCGUAUUCUGAUUUAGUUGAUUUGAUUUCGGUACAAUUGAACGUCGAUCUUACAAAAAAGUGUAUCAAAAUCAAAUACACUGUCGAAGGUAACAACACGCCUAUGGAAAUACGUAACGACAUGGGUGUGUGCGUAUAUGUUCAGUUGAAAAAGAUCAACACUCAAUUUGGAGUAUAUCCAUUGUGUGUAAGUAUUUUUGAUAUUGAUAUAGUAUAUUCCGAUUCUGGAGAAACUUCUAUUGAAGGUGAUGUGUUGCAACUUGAAUACAAUCAAGAAUUAAUUGGUACGAAUGAUACAUUACCAAUUGUCCCAACAUUUGGCGAUCAACCAGUAGAUGCAUUUGAUGUUGGAAAUGAUUUAAUAAUUACGAACAGAUCGCAAAAGGAGAUAAUGAUUGAUCAGAUAUACAUGGAUAAGUCGACAUUGAAGGAUGUGAUGGAAAAGUAUUCAACCGAAAAAAGGUUUAAAUUCUUGGUGGAGAGGUCAAACUCUAUAAGCUAUACUCUUGUAUGUCAAUCUAAAGAAUGCCCAUGGCUGAUGAAAGCGUCAAGUAUUAACAAGUCGAAGAUGUUCAGAAUUAGAGUUUUUAACUCUGAACAUACAUGUCCUUUAAAGGAUGGGGUGCAUUCAGAUUGUCGUGCAACAAGUGGAUUGAUUGGAGGAAUAAUCGCACCUAAAUUGAGAAAUCACAAGAGAAAGUACACUCCAAAUGAUAUCAGGGAUGAUGUUAGAUUGGACUUGGGUAUUGAUAUUAACUACAUGUUGGCAUGGCGAGCAAAAGAAAAGGCAUUAGAAUUGAUAAUGGGGCAACCAGCUGCAUCUUAUGGGAAGCUACCUGGAUACUUGUAUACCUUGGAUAAGACAUACCCUGGUAAUAUAUUACCUUUGGCAUACGGAGUUAUUGAUUCAGAAAAUGAUGCUUCUUGGACAUGGUUCUUUGAACAAUUCAAAGAAGCUAAUGGUGAAAGAGAGAAUAUCGUUACUCAAACUGAUUUUGAUAAGCUAAUGAAAAGAGUUGAGCAGUUUGAUGUAAGGGUGAAGAACUACUUGGAGUUGGUUGGAUAUGAGAAGUGGGCAAGGUUAUAUGCACCAGUUCCUCGUGGUUGGGUGAUGACGUUGAAUAUUGCAGAGUGCAUCAAUUCGACGUUGGUAGCAGCAAGAGAAUUACCAAUAUUUGACUUUCUUGAACAAGUGCACUUGAUGUUUGCUAGAUGGAAUUGCACAAAUCGAAAAAAUGCAUCAUGUACUUUCACACUACUUGGGAAGAAGUUUCAGGAAAUGCUUGUGCUUAAUGAAUCAAAAUCUGGGUGUAUGAUGGUUGUCCCGUCAACUGAUUACAUUUAUUCAGUAAGUGAUGAAGGGAAGAGUUAUAUUGUAUGCUUGGAAAAGAAGACUUGUAGUUGCAACAGGUUUCAAGUUGAUGGAAUACCGUGCGCACAUGCGUGGAGGGUGUUGAACAAAAAACACAUGCUUCCAGAUGAAUAUUGUUCAGACUUUUACAAGCCAGAAACAAUAUUGAGAACAUAUGAAGUGCCUGUGUAUCCUCUCCCUGACAAAAGUGAAUGGAAUAUACCUGAACACAUUGAUACCGAAGUUGUGUUGCCACCAAAAUACAAGCGACCUCCAGGAAGGCCAAAGAAGCAACGGGAGAAGUCAUUUAGCGAGUUUAGCAAAAGGAAGGGUACCAAUUCUUGUAGUACAUGUGGACAGCGUGGUCAUAAUAGACGUUCAUGUCGAACUGCAACAUGGAAUGCAUAG